UGAGCGUAAAUCUCGUCGUUGACGUCACUGUGUCAGGAAGAAAGCGGACUGUCGUUUUACGCCAGUGAAAGCGUGAAAAAUUCUACUCUGGCGGCCUGUUUUCUUUACGUCAGUAUGAUGAGGAUUUUAAAUUGAGCUGAGGUUUUCUGGGGUCGCAAAAGAAAAAUAAAACAUAAUGGAAGAUGAGAUAAUAGUUGUGACAUGUGGUACCAUCACAGGGAAGUUACACAGGGAAAAGUUCCUGUGUCCAGGCAUUCAUCAGAGCUGUAUUGAGACAGAAGACGGAAGUUUUGUCACACCUAAGAUGUUCUCUGUGAUGGGAGAUAAGGAAAAACUGAAAGACUGGAAAAACGCAAUACGUAUCAAUGGAACAAACUUUAGAAAAAUGAUGGACACUGGACAACUAGACUUCUUCAACCAUUCCGUCCACUGCUCAGGACGUUGUAUAGCACGUACUCCGCUGACCGUUGGCAGUUUGGAGACAAAGACGACCAAACCCGAAAUCAGUCUAAAUCCGCCAACGAUGACCCCAGUUACUCAAGCAGUAUUCAACCCCAUUCCGGAGCUCACAGAGCAUGCUUACAGCUCCCAGUCUCGAACAAAUCGCUGGAAGACCGACUCCAGUAGCUCAUCGUCUAUGAGCAGCAAAAAGAAAUCAUUAUCGCAAGCAGUAUUUCCACAUGCUGUGUUAGUGUCAGCGACCGGCCCCGUGACCUUCACAGAUGACAUCAGCAAUCAAGACAGUGGAGGAUCUAAUUCAGACAAGGAACCAGGAAUUAAUAAUAAUGGCUCUUUUGUGAAUGGAGAUUCACAUGACAGUGAAUUUGACUUGGAUAUUAAACCGUCCGCAGAUGAGUUACAGAAGCUGGCAAUGGCAGCAUGUCGAGGUCUACCUGGCGAGGAUGAAGCAGUGCUGGAGAGCCAGUUGUUCUGGAGAGGUAUUAUGGAGGUCGGUCUGCUGGAUGAAUUCUUCAGAGAAAUCAAACAAGGGCUGGACACUUUGAAAAACUCACUUAUCAAAUCUAAGGCAUCAGAGGCGGAAGCCAACAGGAUCAAUAGAAUUGUUGAGGAACUGGGUCUCACUGCCAAGUUUAAAGUGAAGUUGUCAGCUUGCCGUUCAGAGACGGAAAAGUUGUCGGCACAGUUAAGCCAAGAAAUGGAAGAUCUCAGAAGAAAAGCAUUAGAAAUUGAACAAAAGAAGGCACAGCUGAAAAGGAAAUCGGUAGCUUUUGAGCAACUCCUGGAAUCAAAGUCCGCCAAGCGUACCCCGACAGCCUCACUCUGGGUCUCAGCCAAUGGGAAGGGAGAUGAACAAAUUAAGAAGUCCUAACAUAUUUUAUUUAUGUUGUCGUAUCAGAAUGGAUCCCUACAAGAAUUCUUUAUGACAUUUAAAAAAAAAAUUUGUCAAUAGAUUUUUUUCUGGAUUUAUAAGUGAUAGAAAUGAGUAUGUCAGGUUGUUCUUCACAUGAGUUUUAUUAGCUUUAAGUGGUAAGGGACAUAUAAUAACAAUUUUUUUUGGCCACUUUUGACAAAUUUGACUCUGUUUUGAGCUUGCUCACUUCUUUCUUAUUCAUCUUUUGACUACAGCAGGAAUCUCAACAAAUAACCUUAAUUUGCUUAAUGAUCGAUUCUGAAAUUGCGAAAAGAAAAGGACAUUUUGUGAUUUUUUUUUUUUUU